AUGACCGAUGAUCGGCCAUUGUCUUUUCCCACCACUCCCCCCCCAUACCCAGAUUCAACGGAUAUUGGACAAUGCUACCAUCAUGGCCGUUCCUUGAAAGGUCAAAGGAGAGGACGGGGUUCUCAAUCGGCGAAUGUUGCUGCUGCAACAUCGGCUGCCCCCUCAUUGCUUUUGGAUCCUCCGGCACAUGACCAUGCUCAAAUACCAGUUAGCAGCCUGUCAGCAUCUCCCCAACCAGCGGUGUUGACAACAGACCAGCUGAGACAGGUUACUGAAAGUGUUGCAGCCUUGAUGAGGGAAUCACAGAGGAAUGCAGUAGAGCCAGCAUCCUCCCCAUUUUUGGAUGAAGCAUCAGCAAUGGCUCAGAUUUCAACGCUCCUUCCCAGAGGCGGAUCCACUACCAACAGAAAUACCUGCCUCCUUUAUCCAUAUAAUCUACAGCAAAGAGUUGAACAAUUGUUAGGUUAUUCAUUAAAAAAUUAUGUGUUGAUAAAAUACCGGUGA